AUGAAACGAGACCCAUUUGAAGGAGCUGGCGAGCCUAUACCGAUGGAUGAACGUCAGGAAGUCGUCAAAGCCCUUCUCGACGUUAGUUAUCCCAAUCGCAGCUUGACGAUCACAGACAUCACAUCUUUCGAUUUUCUACGCGAUCUCGCUUUCGUCUUUGUCGAGAAGUACGAUGUACCAGCAGGCGUUACCGCUAUCCGCUCUUUCAUUUUCGAUACUCGUUUCUCAAUAUCCCCGAUCUUGAUAUUCGGCCUUGCCCGGUCGUUCUCUUGGAAUGAGGAAGCGGAAUUCGCUUCGACACUUACACUUGAUCUCGAUUUCCGGCUCCCCGACGUACAGAGCCAGUUGCAGUCGAUCGGUCCACAGAAUGCUCUAGACUUGAUUCAGCUACGUGCAUCCCGGCGGCGUAUUGUCCUAGAUGCGAUGCUUGUGGACGGUGACAAGCGACACUCCGAAUAUACCGACACACAGAUCGAUUGGCUUUCGAUUUGCACAGUUGACUCUGGAGACGGGACAGAGACACCCACUGGCAAUCAGUGCAACAAAUGGAGCUCGUUCGCAAAUGACCCUGUUUGGAUGGCAUUUAAAUUUCUAAUUUCCGAGGAGCUAGAGAUUCGGCCUUCGGGAAAAGGACUCAAAGAACACAGGUUUUGGUCCCGUCCCGUCGUCGAUGACGUCCGAAAGUUGGGCCAAACGUGUCCUUCGUGUCUAGGCUCGAUAUUCACUCCGGAUGCAUUGCACGAUGCAAUCAAUGAUCUCAUCGAUCGAAUCCCUAAAUCUGUGAAAUAG